GGGGAGCUCUCACGCUCGCUCGGCAAAGAGGUACGUUGGUUUCUUCAAUUUCAACCUGAAUCUCAACUUGGGAUCAACCUCUUCUUCGAUCUCUUUGUCUCUCUCUGUGCAACAAUUCUGGGUUUUCACUGUACUGGUAUUGGUAUGGAAUUUGUAAGCGGGGUAUACAUGCUUGCUUCUUCUAUUUCAGUCUGGUUUUGUAUGCCCUAAAUCGAUGAUGGGCAGCCAAACCCCGACAAGCAAUGAUCGUUCGAGGACAUAUUGGACACCAACAAUGGAACGCUAUUUUAUUGAUCUUAUGUUAGACCAGAUGCAUAGAGGGAGUAGAAUUGGCCAUACAUUCAACAAACAAGCCUGGACAGAUAUGCUUACCAUGUUUAAUGCAAAGUUUGGAUCACAAUAUGACAAAGAUGUUCUCAAAGGCCGUUAUACGAAUUUGUGGAAGCAAUUCAAUGAUAUAAAGAAUCUUCUUGGCCAGAGUGGGUUUUCUUGGGAUGAAACUCGGCAAAUGGUAGUAGCUGAUGAUGAUGUCUGGGAUGCCUAUAUCAAGUUUCACCCUGACGCACGAUCGUACAAGACUAAAGCAGUCCUGAAUUUUAAUGAUCUAUACUUGAUAUAUGGGUAUACAACUGCUGAUGGGAGAUAUAGUCGUUCAAGUCAUGAUAUGGACAUUGAUGAUGAUAUCCAAGGAAUGAAUAUGGGUGAUGGAAUGGGUAGCAUAGCCCCAUUGAAUAAUGAGCGCUCAAGGACUGACUGGACAGCAGCCAUGGACCAAUUUUUUAUUGACCUUAUGCUGGACCAACUAGGCAAAGGCAAUAAGAUUGGAAAUACAUUCAACAAGCAAGCUUGGACAGAUAUGCUUGCUUUGUUCAAUGCAAAGUUUGGUCCUCAACAUGGCAAAAGAGUUCUAAGGCAUCGGUACAAGAAAUUGUGGAAGUAUUAUAGUGAUGUAACAAUUCUGCUUAAACAAAUUGGUUUUUCCUGGGAUGAUGAACGAGAAAUGAUUUUAGCUGAUGAUGAUGUUUGGGAUGUUUAUAUCAAGGCACACCCGCAUGCCCGAUCAUAUAGAACAAAAACCCUGCCAAACUAUAAGGAUCUGGGUUUAAUAUAUGGAGAUGCCAUCAACAAUGGAAUGCGUCAAGACAAAGACCUUGAAAAUGACCUCUUAGGAGUAAAGGCUGGUGAAGGAAGGGAGAGCCAAACCCCUACUGGAAGUGAUCGCUCGAGAACAUAUUGGACACCGCCAAUGGACCGUUAUCUCAUUGACCUACUACUAGAUCAGGUGCAUAGAGGGAAUAAACUUGGGCAGACAUUCAUAACCCAGGCUUGGGCAGACAUGGUUGCAUCAUUCAAUUCAAAAUUUAGAUCUCACCAUGACAAAGAUGUUCUAAAAAAUCGGUUCAAACAUUUGAGGAGGCAGUACAAUGACAUAAAGAUUCUUCUUCAGCAGAGUGGGUUUUCUUGGGAUGAAACACGAGAAAUGGUAACAGCUGAAGAUCAUGUUUGGGAUGCUUAUACCAAGGCACAUCCUGAUGCUCGAACAUACAGAGUUAAAACUGUACCAAGCUAUCACAAAUUGUGUGUUAUAUAUGGACAAGAAAGUUCUGAUGGAAGAUACAGCCGUUUGGCUCGCUAUGCAGAUCCAAUCUGUGAAGUCCCUGUUUUGAUGACUGGUGAAGGAAAGGAUGUUGAAUCUCCUGCUAGUACUGAUACUCUGGUGAUAGAUUGGACGCCACCAAUGGACUGUUAUUUCAUUGACCUUAUGGUAGAGCAAGCGAGUGGAGGGAAUAAGGUUGAUGAGGCAUUCAGUGAGCAAGCAUGGGCUCACAUGGUUACUUCAUUUAAUGACAAAUUUGGCCUUCAGUGUGACAAAUAUUUUCUAGAAAAUCGUUAUAUGUUCUUUAUGAAACAGUAUAACGACAUCAGCAACCUUCUCAAUUAUAGUGGGUUUGCAUGGAAUGAAUCUCAACAAAUAGUUACUGCUGAGGAUCAUAUCUGGGAAGCUUAUAUUAAGGGUCACCCAGAUGCUGUUUCAUUUAGAGACAAAUUUUUGGGGAGCUAUAGUGAUUUAUGCAAGAUCUUUGGAAUUGGAAUAUUGGAUGAAAGUUUCAGUUGUCAGGAUCUGUCAAUGGAAAUCGACCCAAAUAUUAUAGAAGUGAAGAUGGAUGGGGCUUCUGAAGAUUCACAAUUUUUUGUGAGGGAUUCUGAAAUACCUGACCAGAGCAGAAAGCGCCAAACUGCAGUGCCAUCAGCCAUGGAACAUUCCAGAAAAACGCAGAAAACCAUGGAGGGGAUGCAAGAAGCUCUUAAUGAAAUGACAGGUAUGGUCACGACAUUGGUAAGCAACAAAGAGGACAAAAACUCCAUCUCCAUUGAAAGCGCCAUUGAUGCACUUCAAGCCAUACCAGACAUAGAUGAUGAUCUAUUGUUGGAUGCUUGUGAUCUUUUGGAAGAUGAUAAAAAGGCCAAGACAUUUUUAGCGUUGGAUGUUGCAUUACGAAAGAAGUGGUUGCUGAGAAAGCUUCGUCCAUAGUAGUCUUGCAAAGCUUUUCGAAUGAGAUGAUUUAUAUUUUGUUUGUUGAUUUUCUGUUGAGGUUUCUAGAAAUUGAAUUAAAUUUUGCUUAGAAAGUAUAGCACUAUAAAAUGUGUCUACUUCUUAUUCAGAGUAUAUACUGGGGUAGGUGGAGCCAGGAUUUGUUGGCGAACACUUGCAGCUA